CCCAAAAAAACCUAGUCAGCUUCUUGGAAAGUUCCUUUUUCUCUUGGGUUAAUCAGUCAUCUACUGUUUAUAUACUUGGAUAACUCUGAACAUCAUCGCCGGAGAAAAUGGCAGGAUUGUUCGACAAACAAGCCGAUUUGUACUUGGAUGCAAGGCCAACCUACCCGUCGGAAUGGUACUCCAAGCUCGCCGGCAUCACUCUCCGCCGUGACCUGGCCUGGGACGUCGGGACUGGCAACGGCCAGGCUGCUCUAAGCAUCGCAGAGCACUACGACAGAGUCAUCGCGACGGACGUAAGCGAAUCGCAGCUGAAGCUCGCGAUGCCGAACCCGAAGGUCGUUUACCACCACACUCCGCCAUCGAUGACCGACGACGAGCUCGUCGAUCUGAUCGGAGGAGAAAACUCCGUCGACCUCAUCACGGUGGCUCAAGCCGUACACUGGUUCGACCUCCCGAGAUUCUACGCGCUCGCCACGCGCCUCCUACGCAAACCCAGCGGAGUGAUCGCGGUGUGGUGUUACAGCGACGUCGUAGUGAACCAAGAGUUCGACGCCGUCUUGAAGAGAUUCCACACUGAAACGCUGCCGUUUUGGAAGUACCCAAACAUUCAGUACCUGUUCGACGCUUACAAAACGCUGCCGUUUCCGUUUGAGGGCGUGGGAAUGGGGUCCGAGGGUGAGCCUAUGGAGCUAGAAAUGCCCACGACGACGGCGUUCGAGGGGAUCGUACGGAUGCUGAGAUCGUGGUCGGCGGUCGUCGCGGCCAAAGACAAAGGGUUCGAUCUGUUGUCGGAAAAUGUGGUGAGAGAGCUCGAGACCGCGUGGGGCGGAUCUAGGCUGGUUCGCAACGUCGUCUAUAAGGCUUUUAUGUUAGCCGGAAGAGUUAGGGUUUGAAAGAAACGAAUUAAAUUAGAAUUAUUCUCAUCAAAAAAGAUAAUUUUCUAAAAAUAAGUGGUUAUAUGUAUCGUGUGUUAAUGGUUUUCUAAUAUUUAAAUAAGUGGUUAUUGUGCUAUUCUGUUUGA